AUGACAUCAAAAACCACCUUCGCCCUCAUAGGGGGAGGACUCAUCGCUCCGUUGCACGCCAAAUACAUCCAGUCGUCACCGACAUGUGAACUCGUGGCCAUUGUCGAUCCGUUUCCCCCGGGCCAGAAGCUCGCCGAGUCGUUGAGCGUGGCGCACUACGCGAGCGUCAGCGACCUCGUCGCGGCGUCUCCUCAACAGCCAGACGUCUACAUCAUCUGCGUCCCUUCCGGUCUACACGUCAAACUCGCAACGGAGGUCCUCACGGCGACCACCGCCACGGCUGCCAAACCCCCGCGCGCCAUCCUGGUGGAGAAGCCGUUCUGCACCGACGUGGCGUCAGGCGAGGCCCUGAUCAAGCUGGCGAAGGACAGGGGGUGCUCUCUCGCGGUCGGCCACCACCGGCGCUUCCACCCCGCCAUCUCGGCCGCGAAGGCGGCCGUCGCGGGCGGCAGACUGGGCAAGCUGACGGCCAUGUCGGGCGUGUGGACGUGCAAGAAGAACGACGGCUACUUUUCGCUCAGGUGGCGCGUGUCGCGGUCCCAGGGCGGCGGGCCCGUGUGGACCAACUUCAUCCACGACGCCGACGUGCUGCAGUACCUCGUCGGGGCGCGCGUGGUGCGCAUCUGGGUGACGGGGACCGUGUCGAGAAGGGACCACCAUGGCCACCACCGCGCCAACGAAGGCGGCGGCGACGAUGACGGGGCUGCCGCGAAACAACGACAACAACAACCGGGCGCGAGUGACGACGACGACAUCGAAGAGGGCGCGGCGAUCGUGAUGCAGUUCGCCAACGGCGUCGUCGGCACGUUCGUCAUGAACGACAACGUCGCGAGCCCCUACGGGUGGGAGGCCGCCACCGGCGACAUGCCUUCGUUCCCCAAGGCCGACGUCCCCAUCGACUGCUACCGGAUCUUCGGGACCGUGGGCACCAUCUCGGUGCCGGAUGACGUCCUGUGGACCUACGACCUCGCCGAAGCCGCCAGGAGGGAUCAGGAGGUCGGCUGGGCCGUGCCCAUGACGAGGGAGGUGCUGGACUUUGAGAAGAAGCACCCCUUCCAGUUGCAGAUCGAGCACCUCGUCCGCGUCGUCGAGGGGAAGGAGGAGCCCAGGUGCUCCGGGCAAGAUGGCCUGGACGCCGUCAAGGUCUGCGAAGCCGUCAUCGAGGCUCUGGUCAAGGGUGAUGGGUAUCCGAUUGAUAUUCGGUGA